AGUACUAUAUGUUCUAUUGACCACUAAACACUAAACAAUAAUAAUGAAAGUGAUGUGAUAAAAAAUUUAUUAAGUUAUACAUAAUUAAAAACUAAGCCCAUAUUACAAUAAGCGUAGUAUUAUAGUGAAUUUUAUGAAAACAAGGAUUGGAUAUAUUUAUCUUUUUUUAAUUUAUUUCCGGUGUACAAACUACAAAAUGAUUAAAUUAACUUUAAAAGAAGCAAUGAAGAUCGGUUUCAUUGGCGGCGGUAAAUUGGCAUAUGCUUUGGCGAAUGGGUUUAUUUCUGCAGGGCUAGCAAAACCUGAUGAAAUCACAGCAAGUUGCCAUCCAUCGGACACUGUCAGUGCCGAAGCCUUUAAGAAUUUGGGAGCAACGGCAGUAUUUGAAAAUGUACCCGUAGUAGAGAGAUCAGAAGUUGUGAUUGUAUCAGUCAAACCAGACGUGGUGGUGCCAGCUCUUAAAGAUGUAAAAGAUCUGCCAGCUUCGAAGAACAAAUUAUUUAUAUCAGUAGCUAUGGGAGUUUCUACCGGCACUAUUGAAAGGGCUCUUCCAUCAGAAGCGAGAGUGAUCCGCGUAAUGCCUAACACUCCAGCGCUUGUGAAAGAAGGAGCCGCAGCUCUUAGUAGAGGUUCCAGAGCCACAGCAGAGGACGCUAAAAUUGCAGCCGAGCUGUUCCGUGCUGUGGGUACGUGCGAUGAAGUACCUGAAUACCAGAUGGAUGCUGUGACGGCGUUGAGUGGCAGUGGACCCGCUUAUGUUUAUAUGCUAAUAGAAUCAUUAGCAGACGGAGGAGUACGCUGUGGUUUACCGCGCGACCUAGCGCUAAAACUAGCAACACAGACAACACUCGGCGCGGCGGCCAUGUUGCGUAAUGGCGGUCACCCCGCGGUCUUGAAGGACAACGUGACGUCACCGGGAGGUUCGACCGCGGAAGGAACUUAUCAUCUAGAACAAAAUGGAUUUAGAUCUGCAGUAAUUGGUGCUGUGAUGGCGGCAACUAACAGAUGUAAGGUCGUCAACGAACAACUCAACAGUUAAUCUAAUAAUUGACCAUGAAAAAUUAAGUCUCAGAAAUCUACAUAUGUAUAUUUUUAAAUAAAGAAUCUUGUACGUGUAUAA